GUGCUUCGUCCAUAGCGGCUCUGAUGAUGGGAAGACGGCUGUUGUUUCCAUGGUAUUGAAUGUUUUCGUCAUGAUCCUGUCUUUGCAGCCGGAAAUUUGGCUCCUUUGGUCGGAAAGUGAUCACUUUUUCGCCGGAGUUUGGUGAUUCUGUUCAGUUAGUCCACCGAACAAGGAAUAUCUAUCUCCCUUGUUUGUGUAUGUCUGAUCGAUCUAAAGGUUAAAUAUGGUGAAGCCGUUGAGUUUUAGAGUAGUUCAGGGACUUGUUCGUCUGCAUUGCGGUCGGGUCAACCCGGUCACCGUUUGCCGGUCAAAACCCUCGUCCUCGGCUUAUCCAUCAUUUUCUCCGGCUGUUCCCUCAAAUGGGGUUUCUCAGUUCCAGUCACUGUUCAGUUUUCGCACCUUAUCCUCGAAACCCACUUCGACUAACGUGGGUUUAUCUCAGAUUCUAUCCUGUCCGAAGCUAGCUGCUCGGGUGCAGCAUUGUGGCGCUUCCUUGGUUAAGCCUGGUGUCAAUGUGAAAUCCUCAUCGGCCUUGAGGUUGUUUUCAUCUAAGAGCUCUGGAACUGGUCGGAAUAUCGGUGGGGAUUUCGCGAGAAAGGUUGUGGACAAGCCUGUAAAUGCUGUUACUUCAACUUUUGCAAGAUAUCGUGAGGCAAUCGGGUUGCACGUUGAUGCAUUUUGGAAAAAGAAUUACCUUUUUCUGUUCGGAGGAGGAGCGGUUGUGGUAUCUAUUUUUCUGUGGAGGAUCAUGUUUGGAAUUGCCAACACCUUUGUUGGACUCUCGGAAGGAAUGGCCAAGUAUGGGUUUCUUGCACUUUCCUCCGCCAUUGUUGCUUUUUCUGGCUUAUAUAUCCGCUCGAGGUUCACAAUAAAUCCCGACAAGGUUUACAGAAUGACCAUGAGAAAGCUCAAUACAGCAGCAGGUAUUCUUGAAGUAAUGGGCGCUCCUCUGUCAGGGUCAGAUUUACGGGCUUAUGUGAUGUCGGGUGGUGGCAUAACAUUCAAGAACUUCAAGCCAACUAUUAGGAGCAAACGCUGUUUUCUCAUUUUCCCGAUUCGGGGUUCUGAGAGAAAAGGCCUUGUCAGUGUAGGAGUCAGGAAAAAGAAAGGCCAGUAUGACAUGAAACUGCUGGCUGUGGAUAUUCCAAUGGCGUCUGGUCCUGACCAACGGUUAUUCCUCGUCGGGGACGAAGAAGAAUACAGAGUCGGUGGUGGGUUAAUCUCUGAGCUAAGAGACCCUGUGGUGAAGGCCAUGGCAGCCACCAAGGAGUUUGAUAAUCUUGACCAGAUUGAAGAGGAGGAAGAUGCUGAAAGAGAACUUCAAGAAGCUGAAAGAAAGCACCGUCAAGAACUGGAGGAGCUCGAGAAAGAUGCUUCCUAGUCACUGAUUUCCUUCCUCGUUCACUGUCUUUUUUUUCCCCUUCUGUCAGGAAAAGUUGAAAAGAAAAUGGGGUUUUAUUACCAAAAAAUAAAUAAAAAAUAAAAAUAAGGACUAAUUAUUCUGGAUCUCCAAAGUUGACUUUCCAAAGGGCAAAGCCCUCAGAUUUGUCUGCAGCAGCAAUCAAUGGCAUGUAACCGUCAAACUUGGGGCUUCGAGAUAUUUUAUUUAACACAUAUAUUUAACAUUUUCAUAUUCUUUGAUCAAGUCAUAAC